AUGCCUUCUUUUAUCAAAUCGAAGCUUCGGCGGGAUUCUCUUCAGGCGCCUCUCAUUGCCAUCGUAGCAUUACUCUUUGCAUGGUUCAUCGCCCUCGUUGUUCUCCCCCAAUGCAAGCCCGCUAUCGCUUCAGCUCGCCAGAAUCUCCCCUCAAUCGCCAUCGACUGGUCUCCCAACAAUGACCCCCGAAAGAACUACAACGCCUCCAAAGUAGCUCUGAUCAUUGAACAUGAACCGUUACCCCUUCUUGUUCCUCUAAUUCUCCACAUGAUCGGUGUUGUGCCCCCAGACUGGCGCUUCAUCUUUAUCGGAUCUCAAAAGAGCGUGUGGACUGUCGGUCGUGCUUUCGGGAUACAGGUUCAGCAAGGUUUGGGCAAGAUUGAGCUGAUGCAGCUGCCACAGCCAUGGAAGAUUAGGUCAAAAGAGGAUAGAAAUCGCCUUCUGACGGAUACCAGGUUCUAUGAUGAGUUCCUGCCUGGAGUUGAGUGGCUCUUGAAGUUCAGCAGGGAUAGUAUUCUAUGUGCCAACUCGGAGCUGAGCUUGAAUGACUGGCUGGACUACACUUGGGCUGGCGCUACAGACAACAGACAAAACAAAGCCCUUGCAGUCUACGGCGAUCUCUCCCUCCGUCGCAUCUCAGUCAUCAAGCAGAUCCUCAGCUUCCAAUCACGAUACAACGACAGUGAAGCUGAUGACUCAUGGUUCGGCUCGCGUCUUGAAGUCCUCCCCGAUGCAAAACUAGCCAUGACUUCAGAUCAGCCCUUUGCCGUUCAAAACAACAUCACCUCAAGGCCGAUGGGGUAUAACCUCCAAGCACGUGGGAAUCUGGUGGACUAG